GCCUAAUCGAGAUACCACCAGCAACGAAAGAGAAGCGUUUAAUUUGGCGAUAGAUGUGAGUUAGACACUUAUACGAUGCAUAUACUGCACUUAUGAAUACUUUAACUUAGGAUUAGAACAAGACCAACAUGGUCGACACCACAGUGAACAACGCGGCUGUUGCACCGAUGCCAGAGAGCCCCCCCAUAAGUCCCUUCCCAUCGCCUGGAAGUGCAAACAAUGGAGCCAAUUCAACGGACAACAACAACAAUAACAGUAACAAUAAUAACAGUAAUGCCAUGAACGUUACUUCUAAGUCGCAUAAUACAACCGACAGACAGCACUCGUACAGAGAAAGCGAUGGGGUGUACAUGAACGGCAGAAGCGAUCUGAUCAAUAACGAGACGAAGAAUAGGGGUGGUAAUGAUAACAGAAGUGAACGUCUACGUGAGGUCAUAGGCACGGGUGAUACCUUGUCACCCACACAGAUAGAGGCCAUGAACAGCAGCAACAACAACAACAACAACAGUAGUAACAGUAUUGACAAUUCGUUCCAAGCUGGGCCUAUGAAUAACAACAACAACAACAACAAUGGGAAUAGCAUUGAGAACUCAUUCCAAGCUAUGCCCAUGGGAAAAGGCGACUCGCCGGCGAUGCGAAGCAAUGCAAAGAGCUACACGUACGCUCGCACACUGCACACACAACAAAAGCAGCAUAGCAACGCAGGCGAAUCCAUAGACCGUCACCAUAGUUACAGCGAGAAUAUACAUGACAGGUCAUCGCCCCAUGUACAGUCACAGUCACAGCACGAGGUUGCAAGCGGCCGCUCUACACGCACACACAGUCACCAACAGCAGAAGCACUCGCCGAGUGUGCCGGGAGAAGGCAGCCUGAACCACAGAAACAGCAAACAAGCGAGCAUACACUCUUCAUUCAAGGAUGAAUUAUCACGCACACCCGAUGUCAUGCGUGCGUUUAGGCGUCUGAUUGAGUCUAUCUCCAGCCGGGAGGAAAAGACUGGUGACAACGGGGGUGAGAUCAUUGCUACUAAGGGUUCUGUGUUGAACGAUGUUGUGUUUAUUAGCGAUGGCCAGGCGGAGGAGAUUGACGAGAGAGGGUCGCGCGUGUUCUUACUACAGAGCGGCGAUUAUUUCGGCAACAUGUGUGCGACAUACGGCCACCCCCUCCAGUAUAGCGUUCGAACAAUAACGUCGUGCCGUCUGCGGUACUUAUCGGCGUACCAGUUUAGAGAAAUGAUCACAAACAGGCCGGAAAUAUGCCAAGUUUUGAAUCCCCUGUCGUUUGCACGGAUGGGGACGGCGUUAGUCCCACCUCCGGGGUCGCCGGCCCAAAGCAAUGCGAAGAGUUCGAAUACCAAAACCAACAACAUGACCCGCAGUCGAGACAAAGAUACGGAUAUGGGGAAGACUAAUACGUCUAUGCAUGUACAUGUCCACUCGCGCAUGGAUAGCCCGGCCACGGGCAGUGCGGAGGGGCAGGGCGUGGGAAAUCAGGACCUUAACGACAACACUGCGACUAGCAACCAGAACAGCUACAGGAACAGCAACAACAGUGGCAUCAGCAACUCAAACCCAAAGAGCGGCGCAAUGGGCAACGGGGGCGGCAGCAACAACCCCAAGUCCAAAAACCAGGGCAAGAGCAAGUACGUGUAUGUGUCCAAGCCUAAAGGCAUGACGGGCGCUCAGCUGAUACAACCGCUGACUACCACAGGGAAGGUGUGGAUAGCCUCGCGCCCCUCUAGCAGGGGCGAUGAUUUGGUUAUCCGCGCACGCCCUACUGACAUGACACGGCACAUGUCAAAUAGAGGCAUGGACGAUGGGGGGGAAGCUAUCUCGACGCAUGCGGAGAUGGAUAAGGACGCCAAUGACGAGGUCAGCCAGGUGUUGGCGGCCUCACGCGCUAUCGGCCAUACACACCUCAACAACGGCGGCGGCAAUCUGGGGUACAUCGAUGCCAACAACGGAGCCAACAACAACGGGAGCGACGACAGUAUUGACAGAGGGGGCGAGGGGGCCCACGGGUUGCUGGGGCGACACCGCAGUGGAAGUUCGGAACCCGUGCAGCGCGGCGAAGACUCGAUGAUGGUGGACGCGCGCGGGGGGAUGGACGACCCCAGCAAGAGCUCACGCACACGCACACACAACUCACACCACACGCACACCACACAUUCCCCUCGCCCUUCCUCGCGCUCGAUCAAUGGCAACGGCAGCAGAGGAGCCGGCGUUAACGGGAGCAGAGUAGGCGGAGUAGAUCUGGGAGCUGCUCCGCCGAGUAGAUUGCUCACAGCCUCGCUCUCGCCCAAUCCCGGGUCGCUGGCGGGGCGGUGGUCGUCGACGCCCACGCCUAUUAAUAGCAUGAGCGGCAUGGGGCUGAGCAUGGGCAACCGCGACAUGGACCGAGCGAAUGCGCGCGAGGCCACCAGAGAGCGCACACGGGAGAAACACCGCGAACGCGACCUGAUCAUCGCAUCGCACGAGGCACAGCACGCGUCGCACUCGCGUGCACACGUCAUUGGCACGGACCCCAUCAGCCCACCCAUUGUGUCCACGGCCCUGGACUCGAGCGCGAUGGUCAACUCCAGCGGGUUGGAGAGCGAUAACAUGCUGCACGACAGCGGGGACGGUGUGUCUGCGGUGGAGGGCAGUGUAGACGUGGACAUGUCGGGUAAUGGGGACCUGGACCUGGGCCGGGGGCUGGGGCUGGGGGGAAGCAACACUCUGGACCGCAAGAAUACCGGGACGGAAAGCGGGGAUGGCAUGCUGGUGGUGGGAGCGGAGGGAGCCAAUGUGAGCAUCCCGCAGACACCCCCGGGCGACCUUGUAGGUAUGGCAAUGUCUCCGGCAACCAAGCGACUCAACCGCGCGCAAGACAGCGGCGCGUUGGGGAAUGUUGCGGGGGUCACAGACUACCUGAGAGGCGUGGAGGCCGAGAGGAAGCGCGAGAGUGCACGCGAAAGCGAGCGUGCGCGGGAACGCGAGGUGGCGCGGGGAAGAGAGCACGAGAGGGGCCGCGACAGAGACCGAGACUCGCGCGAUCUUCAUGCGUGUAGCGGCGUCCGGGACAGCCGCGACAUGCGCGAUCGCGAGCAUGAGCGUGAUAUGGGGCGAGAACAACGUCCCCUCUCACACAUGCCUAUAAGUGGGGGGCGCUCCUCCAGCCACGACACCAUGCGUGUGAUGCCUCCAAGCCCACACCACAGCCACCCAGGUGCGUAUAGCGUGGGUGGGAACAGUGCCAUGUAUGUGAACCACGACAUGCUGGCACCAUCCCCUUUGGGCCAUCGGAAUACGGGCGGGAUAGCGCAGAGUGUAGGUAGCACGCACUUGGCAACGGGGUACGCCCCGACUAUCAAUAGUUUUUUCUCCCCAGCCCCUGGGAACAUUCCCUCGCGACCGCUUUCACCCUCGACCACGGUGACUUCUGCAGGACAGAUAGGCGGGGGGGGUCAAUUAGAGGGCAAUAUGGCAUCUGAAUUCGGGCCUAGCGAUGUGGAAAUCGAACGUGAGCGUGGGCGCGAGCGUGGCAAAGAUAUCAAGCGCGAGCGCAAGAGGGGUGUUGAGCGUAAACACUUACUUGGAUUGGAACGCGAACGGGUGGUGAAGGCUGAGCGAGAGAGGGAACUAGAACUCGACAGGCAGCGCGGCCUUGAACGUGAGCGUGAGCGGGAACACGAACGCGAACGCGAACGCGUUUUAGAGCGCGAUAGGGACUCACUGGCAGCUGAAUCUCGUGUGGCCAGCGCCAGCCGCACAGACUAUGCGGAGAUGGACACCGACAGAGAGGGUCAUCGCGAGCGCGACCGCAACCGCGAGCACCGCAUCAUACGCGAGAGACAAGAACGCGAGCGCGCACUGGACGUAGAGGGGCUGAGCAGACGCCAGACAUCCCAGCAGGACGCGCGUGUGCGCGAUGGCCGCGACGGACACGUGCGUGUUGGGGGUUUGGCGCCCGGUGCGUUGCACACGGAUAUGGGAAUGCCGGCUGUGGAGACGGAGACCGACAGGGAUACGGAGACGGAUGUGGCUGUGCAGGCGCACGACCACGACGGAAUUGCUUUGGUCAAGUUGUCGGGGGCGAGGGCCAUAGAUGGUUCGGUUGUGCCCAUGGCCAGAGACGGGUUGAGUGGGGGCGCUAAUGGAGACGGAAACGUGCACUCAGGCUACCCCAGUGCGAAUGUGAUCAUCACGCCGGCGAUCGCCGCGGAGAACUCGCAUGUGUACGCGCAUACGCACUCGCACUCGCGCAUACGUGGCCACAACACCCACGGCAACGGCAGCGGCAACCCACAGAGCAAGAAGAAACUGCGCGGAAACACGCACAAGGACGCGCACGUGGACGUGUUGAACUUGAGCGGAGGAAGCAUCAUCAGUGGCAGCGCCAACAUCGUCGGCAUGGGCCGCGAUGACAUCCAAUUGAGUACCGAACUGUUCCACCGCUCGUCGGUGCCCAUGGUCAAGCCCACGUCGCACAUGACGGCCACGCGCCGACUAACCGGCGCCAGCAGCGGCUCGGUGGGACAGUACUAUGAACGCACACCGCCAAUCCACGCCGCUCCGCAGCCGCAUAUUCUGUCACCGUCGACACGGGAACGCGAGAAGCAGGAAGGGGGCAUGCGGGAUAGCUUCGGGAAUAUCCAGGGCAGUGGGGUUGGUGUGGGAGCUGGGGCUGGGGCCGGGCGCCAAACGGCUAUGCUGACCAGCCAAAAGCUGGGCCAACUGGGUCAGCUACAGCGUCAGGAUUCAUCGUCGCCCGGAGGAGCGUACCGCCCCAGUGCCGAGGCGCGUGUGUGGACACCUGCAGUGUCGUCACGCGCACAUGGACAUGGGGUGCACUCGCACCUGCACACCCAGAAAUCGCCAGAGCAGCUGCUGCAACAGGAACAGCCGCAGCAGAUGCACGGGCUCGGCUUUGAGCGUCAACGGUCUACUGCACCGCUGCCCAUAAGUUUUGGUGCCGCCCCGCCCCGCCGGAAGUCACAGUUCGGUACAGGUACCGGGGGUGGCGGUGUGGCCUUGGAGACGUUUACACCGGGCACGGACCAAGCACGUGGCGUGGGUGGGCAGACAUCGCAUAACAACCGGAACAACAAUAAUAACAACAAAGGGUUCGGCGACACGUGGGGUGUGCAGCAGCCCAUACACCAGCAAGCCAAGCAACACAGCCAGAAGCCCGACCGAAACACAAGCGACAGGACCGAGGAGAGGGGCAGUCGCAACCUGCUGGAACAGGCGCUGUGGGGCACUGGCAGUCCUCUGCAUAGCGGGGUUAUUCAGCGACAACUGAGCACGUACGGGUCAGGCGACAUCCAGCCGCUGCUGCACAGGCGGAACACGCACCAGCAGAGCGGGAAGCACGCGACAGCGCCGCUGCCCGCGAGCUUUGGCGCGCCGCGCAGACAGCACGGCGUGGGCGAAGAGGAGUAUCAGCAACAGCCCCAAACGUAUGUGCCUGUGCAACAACAGCCUCAGCUGCAGCAGAUGAAUACCCAGCCACAGCAACCGGUGAUGUACGGGCAAUCGCAGCAGCAGCAGCAGAGUCAGCGGGCAGCGUCGCCUUAUCAGCGGCAGUACUCGAACCAGGGCGGAGGUUUACAACAGGUGCAGGCACAUGACGGGUCGAGCAUGCGACGCUCACUGUCACAGAUGGGUGUGCAGCUACAUCAGCCGUUGCUGCAACAAGAUCAGCAGCCGCAAUAUCUCAACCUGUCUCGCGGGCGCAAGCGGUCCAUGGCGGAAGCCGCGAUGGACGAGGAUGAGCGGGGGAGCGUCAUUCGACCACACCAACUGAACCCAAACGCACUCAAUACCCUACAGAACAUGCAGCAACAACAGCAGCAGCAGCAGCAUCCAGGCACUCCCCUAUCGCAGGCGAACUCGAACUCGAUUGUGUACAAGCAGGUGAUGUACAAUAUGAACAGGCAGGCGUCUCUAGCGGACCAGCCACAGUACACGCAGCAGCAGCAGCAGAAACACUCCUUCAGCCCCAGCAUGGGUACCGACCUGUUGUCGCCCCGACAGGGCACCUACAGCGGCGGUGGUGAGCAGCACUCGUUCCUGCAGCCGACCAACCCACCGCUCAACGUGCCGAAGGAUAACAAGCGCGUGUCCAGCGCCAUGCAGCACCAACACCAGCAGCAACCACAGCAGAAGCGGUACGUGAUGGCUCGCGCCCAAGACGAUCAGGUGCAGUAUGUGCAGCCGGUGCGAUCUCAGUCGCAGACAACCCAGGCCCCGUCGCAAGUGAUGGCGUUGUCCACACAGGCACAGCCCGCGAGUGUGUUUGGCGCGAGCUCCAUGCAGGCCAACAACUACGCGAACAACACCAGCACCAUGAGCAUGAAGCCCGCCAGUGGGGCGUACAUACACCCCAUAUAUGUCGGCCAGCACGGGCGAGCGGUGACGGUGGGGACCAAGGUGAGUGCGUCACCGCAGGGGUCCAAUCAGAUGUGGAUGGCCCCUACUGCUUAUUUGCCCACGCCCACAGGCGGGACUGGGGCGGGCGUGAGCAUGGUGGCCGUUCCCAUGGCAACCACCACCGCUGCCGCCCCCAUCACGGCGCGGGCUGCGCCCACGGGGACCAAACAGUCGCGCGCGACGGCUAAGGCUGAGGCGGCCGCAGCACAGGGACACACCUCAGGUGCACGCAAGAGCGCGUCAAAGCAUGGGGUCAGCAAGCACCACAGCAAACGCUCACACUCGCACAGUAGCAAGACAGGUGAACUCGCGCGGAUCCCGCUCACGGCGGAGAAUCUCAAGGCCAGCUUAUACUCGAACCACCGGUACAGGGCAGACCCAGACUAUAAUGUUACUAAGUACCUGAUGUCUAUGGAUGGCAUGCCCAAGCCCACUCCUCUGUCCUUUCUGGAGUAGCUGUGUACGGUCUCUGCAUUCACUGUGCCUUUGGCGGUUGCAACGUUCGUCUUGGUAGUGGUAGAGUGCUGUGACGGGCUGAGCAUGGGACUGUGUGCACCUGUCGCUUAUGUACGUGGUACCACGCAUGACAUUACCAACACAUGGGAUGUAUUUACAUGUAUGCUCUCGGGGAUAUACGCACUCCAAUGAAGCUCAUGUGGGUGAUCAACCCGCCUCAACGCACUGCGCCUGGACGUUCACGCACCUCUUAAACCGCACAGAAGCGGUGUAGGCAAACAUGCCCUCGCGUAGUACUGGUGGGACCAUCAAUGCUACAGUAUACAGUUGCGCCCCACUUGCGCGGUAACCACCAAUGGGAGGAGGAAAGUCGGAGGUACAUCACCUCUCUAGAUAGCUUUGUUAUAGUUCUAAACAGGCUAGUCACAAACUUGUGUAUAUAAAUUUAACUUUAAAAAACGGUGGACUGCCUUUAGUAUACAC